AGCUCAAGCUAGAAAAACCACAAUAAAAAAAAAAAAUAAAUAAACGUAUACAAAAUAAAUAAAAAUAAAUAGUAUAUUUAGUAUUCACCAAUACUCAAGCGCUCCGCGCGACAACGACAACGACGUCGACGUUGUUGAUCACAGAUCGCUGAUCACCCCGUCGCGCAGUUGUGAAGAAAAAAUAAAAUAAAAAUACAACAAAAAAAAAAAAAAAAAUAACAAAUUACAAAUAAUAGCGAACAUUUUAAAAAUAAAUACAAAUAUUUAAGAAUAGAUACAACGACGACGCGCCAGACGUUUCAAAUCGAUCGUGUUGCUGGCUUUUUGUAUAGUAAAAUAUCUUUGCUAGCGUCGAGGCAGUCGUCCCCGUGUUGACACCGUCGUCGUCGUUGCGACCGCCACCUUCACCGCCUUCUUCGUUGUUGCCCCUGCCCCUUUUGCCGCUGCCCGGUCGCAGUCACAGUUGCAGUCGCAACCGCGGUCACCGCCAGCACCACCUCCUCCAACACCACCAUUACCACCACCACCGUUGCAGCCGCCGCCGUCAUUGCUGUCAAAUUUGCCGUCGUUGUCGUUAUUGCCGUCGUCAUUGUCGACAUCUAGGAUCUAUCAAUAUUACAAACGCGUACUACAAGCCUUCAUAUAACCCAGCCAUAGCGCGCAGCUAUCUCAGAUUUUUGUUGAGAUACAUUUUCUUGACUUCGUUUUUCCACAUAUUCGAUCGCGAUCACCCUAGCUGCUGCUGUACCCCGUUCCCCAUCCUUCACCGUCCAUAUUUGCCGCCAUUAUACAUUGGUGCCCUUUUCUGCCCUGAGCACUCUCUGUAGAAAUUCGCGUGUGUUUUACUUUUUGUCGUUUCUCUGGCCAACAAGAAAAGUCGAGAAGAAGAGUGUGCAUAAAAAGUAUCUUUAAUAGUGAAAUGUGCAAACAGUUUUGUAUCUUCUGUAACCCUCAUGUGAUGAACCAUCAUGCUCGAUCAUUAGAAAGCUAUCUGUACUCCGAACUCGGCACAGUUAUGUAUAUUUUGAAAAAAUAUAAAAGAAAUAAGUGAAAACAUAGUGAGCUUAUAAAUCAAGUGAUAAAUAAAAAAUAUUAUAACAGUUGAAUAAUAAAUUAAUAUUAAACAAAAAAAAAAAUAUUUUUUUAAAAUUUAAAUAACACAAAAAGGAGAUUAUACUAUAAAUAUGGCAUUGUUGCUCAAUUUAUUGGGAACAUUCAAAGUGUUUCUGCUUUUGAGUGUUUUUCUAGCAACAAUCAAUGCCCGAAGACACUCCCCGUUGCUCGUGGAAGAUCCAGAAGCUAGGCGUCCAAGUCGACAAGGAGCUGAAUGUCAAUUUGGAAAAACUUUACACGAGCUGGGUUCAACAUGGUGGGCGGAUUUGGGUCCACCUUUUGGAGUUAUGUACUGCAUUAAAUGCGAAUGCGUAGCGGUUCCGAAGAAGCGUCGGAUUGUCGCUCGAGUACAAUGUCGAAAUAUCAAAAAUGAAUGUCCACCGGCAAAUUGUGAUGAUCCAAUUUUACUACCAGGCAAAUGUUGCAAAACAUGUCCAGGAGAAUCCAUUGAUCCGGAAAUAGCCUUAGAUGUCCCAAUGCCGGUGAAUAAUGAGGAGGAGGAGCGCAACAUGAAACAUUUUGCAGCCCUAUUAACUGGAAGGACAUCAUAUUUUUUGAAAGGCGAAGAAAUGAAAGCCAUGUACUCAACACACAAUCCACAAAAUGUUGUUGCCACUGGACGAUUUUUGUUCCACAAAAAAAAUCUUUACUAUUCAUUUUAUGUUUCGAACAAAAUAACCAGACCUCGUGCCAUUCAAUUUGUAGAUGAUUCUGGUACCAUACUCGAGGAGCAUAAUCUAACGACACCAUUAAACGGACCGUUGAGUGUUUAUCAGAACACGACUGGAAAGAUUUGUGGCGUUUGGCGUCGUGUACCGCGUGACUAUAAGCGUUUGUUGCGCGACGAACGUUUGCAUGUGGUACUGCUAUGGGGCAGCAAAUACCAAGCCGAACUGGCAUUAGCAGGAAAAGUUGCCAAGUAUACGGCACUUCAAACGGAGCUAUUUAGUACAUUGAUGGAACCGGCGCCAGGAACUAAAUCAGAUCAAAUGGCUGGAGCAGGUGGUACAGCAAUUGUUUCCACAAGCAGUGGAGUUGCGUCAUCCGUUCACUUGACACUGGUCUUCAAUGGGGUAUUUAGUCCCGAGGAAUAUGUCGAUGCACCGGUUAGUAUUCGUAUUGAAUCAUCCGAACGUAAAGAGAUUAUAUUGGAUGAAGUACAGAAAGUACGCAAGCCAUCUGCUGAAGUCAAUGUAUUGGAGAUUUCAUCACCAAUUUCUAUACAAAAUCUUCGUUUACUCAGCCGAGGUAAACUUGUUCUCAUCAUUGAAUCGAAAAAGAAUCCAAAUUUAAAGAUACAGGGCCAAAUUGUGACUCGUGCAACAUGCGAGCUCUUCCAGACACUUUUGGCACCACACAGUUAUGAAUCUAAGGCUAAAGCAAGUGGACUCGCAUGGGUAUACAUGAACACAGAUGGAACCAUGGCAUACAAUAUUCUUACCGAUCACCUUAAUGCCAAGGAACGACCAGAAAUCAGUUUGAUUGAAGAUAUUGGCAAAAGGAAGACCGUUCUUGAGGAUCUGACACAAUCAUUCAACUUCGAUCAAGCCAUUGGAACCAUUGACAAGAUCAGUCCCAAAAUAAUUGAAUCUCUAUAUGGUGGCGAUUUGGGAGUCAACAUUGCAAUUGAAAGUGAUGCAAAUCUAAUUCGUGGUCGUUUAAUACCACGUCCCGUUGCCGAUGCUCGUGACUCAGCCGAACCAAUUCUGCUGAAACGACAAGAUACAUCAAGUCCAGCUCAUCUCAUGGGAAUGGCAUGGAUUGCCAUUGAUAAUGAUUGCAAUUUACACUAUGAAGUCACUGUUAAUGGAUAUUUCAGUAAUCAACAGGAAUUCCAAAUCUACCUGGAAGAGAAACCAAUUGAGGCAAUUGGCGCACCCAUUACCCGAAAGAUGUUGGAAGAAUUCAGUGGCCCGUAUAUGGAAGGUUAUGUGCUAGGUAUGGCAGCAAAUGAGCUCAUAAAAUUAGAAACAAGUGUGUGUUAUUUGGAAAUUUAUUCAAAAGAACGACAGGAGCUCCUGCUGCGCGGCAAACUUAAAUCAACCAAGGUGCCAAGUCAUUGUUUCCCCUCGUACACUGAUAACAAUGUGCCGAGUGUUAUUGUUCCGGGCGAUCACAAUGGACCAAUUAUACCGGAAACGGAUACAAAAUGUUAUCAUUCGGGACGUUUCUACGAUGAAGCUGAACAAUGGCGAAGCUCACAGGAACUAUGCACAAUGUGUGCUUGCCAGCAUGGACGUGUUACAUGCGAUGCUAUAAAAUGUCCGACUCUGAAAUGCCGCCAGGGUGAGGAUUUGAUUUUACGUGAUGGUGAAUGUUGUCCUACGUGUAUUUCGCCGAAUAUAGUUUUGCAAACAAACAAUUCAGCUGAACGUGGUUGUCGGUUAGGGGAUCAGUUUCAUUUGGCAGGUGCAACAUGGCAUCCAUAUUUGCCACCAAAUGGUUUUGACACUUGUGCAACUUGUACGUGUGAUCCGUUGACUCUGGAAAUUCGUUGCCCCCGAAUGGCUUGCCCAGCAUUGACAUGUCCCGAAAAACUAGCAUAUCGACCAAACAAAAAGGCCUGUUGCAAGGUUUGCCCUGAAGGAAAGACAACACAACAUGGUGACAAGUCAGGACCAAUCAAUCCAAAUAUACUACAGGAUCAGGCAUCACCACGUGCUGCGAUAAAAUCAACCGAGGAAAUUCUAUCAAAUGGAGGAUGCAAAGUUGGAGCUUCACUGCAUGAGAAUGGUCAGGAAUGGCAUCCAGUUGUAGUGUCAUAUGGUGAACAGAAAUGCAUCAAAUGUCGUUGCAAGGAUUCAUAUGUAUCCUGUCAAAGGAGAUGCACACGGGCAGCAUGCAACAACCGAGUGUCGUCGAAAAGAAAACCAUUCGGAACGACUGAUAAUGACGAAUGUUGUUCAUCACAAUGCCGACGAUCACGGAGACAUCAACAACACAGAAGGACGCACAGGGAUAGGGAAGAAAAAGCAGCAACAGGAUCAGCAACUAAAGCGCCUGUUGCGAGUCGAAGCUGAAGAACCAUAGGCUCAUUUAAUGUUUAAAAUAUAUAUUAAUCUAUAUUCGAAAACACUUAAUUAUAUAUUUAUACAUAUAAUGCACCACUAUAGUCGCACGCAAAAUACGCACACACAUACACACAUUGAUACAGUUAACUACAUGAGUUAAACAUUUAAUUUAUUUCAAAAGGACCUUAGAAGGGAUAAUUGCAGAGGGGAGGUUUCCGUAGAAUCACAUAUAUGAAUUCCAAAAGAAAAAUCUUUUCCCAAAGCAAAUAAAUCCAUUAUUUGUAGGUCAAAAUUGAAGAAAAAAAAACUUUCAUUAAAAACAAAACAAAAAAUCCCACAUGGAAACACCAGCGUCGACUGGGGGGGAGGGGGAGUACAAAAGGCUUUUGAUUUUCAUAUGAAUUUUUUUUUGUACUGUUUAUACUACUUAAAUAAAAAAAAUUCAUAAAAAGAUACAUAGGACCAUGUAUAUAAAAAAAAAAAGAUUUAUGAGAGAUUUUCAAAAACAAAAAAAAAAAAAAUUAGAAA